AUGUCAGACGACGAGCGGUCAGACAGCGGGUCCGAGAGCGACGAUCUCGUACAGACCGGCCUCGUUGCUACACGACAAAAGCGCGCGACUGCAGGCAACUUCUACGCAGCCCUCCGGAACAACCUUGACGAUGAAGAGCUGCAGAAGGAAUUGCUAGCGGAAGAUGAGGAGGAUGCCGGAGAGUACGAGAGCUCAGACAAGGACGUUGGAGACGAGGAUGAGGCCUUCGAUUCGUCUAGCGACGACGAAGACGCCGGGCCACCGCAAGAAGGGCAGCAGGAAGAUUUGGAGGGCGAGAAGGCGCUGAAGAAGCAGGAGCGCAAUGAGGCGAAGAAGAAGCGGAAGGCUGCUGAGGCAAAGCUGAGGGUACCGGCGUUGCGGAAGGUUGCGAAGAGGGUGAAGCUCGCGGACGAUGUCAAGGCAGAAGAUGGUACUACGGUGGAGCGGCCGAAGAAGAAGAGCGAGCGCUCGAACUGGCUUCCCAGCCCCGCUGAUGCCCCUCUUCGCCAGUCUGGACGGUCUUUGGCUGUUUCGAACCGCGAGAUCGUUCACGAGAACCUGAAGCAAAGCGCGAAACGAAGUGAGCAGCAGAAGCGUAUCAUGAAGAACGCCGCAGAGCGGGAGAAGACGAAGCAGGUCAUGGCGAGCUUGACUCAAGAGGAGCGGCUGAAGAAGUGUGAGAGGAUCGAGAAGGAGACCGCGAAAGAGUUCGGGAAGUGGGAGAGGGAGGAGGCGGAGCGGCAGAGGCUGAGGGAUGAGGCGCUGGCUGCGAAGAGGAAUAAGGGGUUUGACGGUCCAAUGAUAAGGCACUGGAGUGGUAGUGUGCUGUGGGAAGGAGAGCGGAUCAAGGUGAAGAGGGUGGCGCAUGGCAGUCGGAAGGUCGAGGAAAUCAUAGAGGAGAAGGUGGUUGAGCAGGAAGCUGGCGAUGGGGCGGGCGAUGCUGGCACUGAGCCAACAACGGCUACAGCUUCGAAGCAGCCAAGUGUGGCCGCAGACUCGCCCGCUGGAACUCAGGCGAAGUCAACGCCAGAGCCAACAACCACUCCAUUUGUGCAAGGGCAGCCUGCGAUUGCGCCAAUACAAGCACACCAGCCUCCGGCACAACCACCAGUCUCUUGGCUCCAGGGCAUCCAGGAGUACGCUUCGCAACCAUCACAGCCACCAUCUCAAGCCAACUACACACCGAGCGCGCCCUCUCUGAACGGUGUCGCGCCUGCUCAGCCUCCACCGCAGCAACCAAUCUACCCACCUCAUCCUCCACAACCCCAUAUCUACCACGGCUGGCCACCAGGCUCUCACCAAUUCACCGUCCAACCGCAGCCGCCAAUCGCACCACCCCCAGCACCAAUACUUCUCAUCCGCGAACAAGCCCAGCGAACGCUCCUCAUCCUCUCUUCCUUCCCCAAUCUUGACACCUCGAACACUACUACCAAACGAAUACCCAAAUCCAAGGCACCAGAAGCCAACCCUCUGGAUCCGACUCCAAUUGCAUCCGAACUCCUCCCCUCCUCACAUCCACCUUUCACCUCAGACGAAAGGACCUACCUCCUCACUCGGCCACGCAAACGCGCGAUCCAAGGCAGCAACGGCAGGACCGAAGUCCCUCUUCCUCCGCCGCCUGCUAAGCAGCGCUGUGCUGUCACGUCCUGGCCAGCGAAGUUCCGAGAUCCGAAGACUGGUCUGGCAUAUGCGGAUAUGCAUCAGUACAAGGUCAUCCAAAGAGUGUUGGCUGGCGGGACUGCCUGGAGUAGGCUCCUGGGAGCGUGGGUCGGGCCGAGAUAUGGGGCACUGGGAAGGCCAGCCAGGGGCGUGCCAGAGGGGUUUGGUGGAGAGCUUACUGGCGGUGUUGGGGUGAAGAGUGAAGUGGCGUGA